UUCUUGCACUAACACCUACAAUCUUAGGUAACCUUGUGUCGUCUGCCCUAAUUACACGACUUAUAUAUAUUAUCUACACAAAUAAAAGGAAAUGCACUGAUUGCAUAUGUGACAAAGCUUCAGUAUGCUGAAAGUGGGAUGUGGAGUGGUGGCAGCAUGUCUGAGGGGAGCCAGGUCCAGAGUCCAGUGGAGUCCCCAGAGCUAUGCACCAGUCUUCUCAUUGGGUGAAGUCUUACAUCUAUCUGUUGCCACCGCCACAACCACCACCAGCAACUGGAGACCACUAGAAAAUCAAGACGAAGAAGUUUCUUCCUCGUCUGUCAUUAAAGCGAAAGAUGUUCCAGUACUUUUACAGGCAGCAACCAAUGGAGGAUCCCUCUCUUCCGCAUUCCAGGGUCUUCAAACACUCUCUGACUGGGUCUCAAACAAGAAGAUAGAUUUUAAGAAAGAUGUAGAAAAUGAGGAACAAUUCACAAAAUUGAUAGACUUGAUCGACCGGGGAACAAUAAGAAGCAGCCCAGUGUCUUUAUUAAUGGCUCUCAAGAGCUUAAUGAAACUCGGGGUGGAGAGCAACAGUCAUGUGGUUCAGUCAAUUGAGAACCAGCUGCUGUGGAACAUUCGGAAAGUUUCCUUCUCAAUGCUGGUGUCCAUAAUGGUUUUUCAAGUACAGCAUCAAAAUACAGAGUUACAAAAAAAGGUGCUAAAAGAGUCACUAGAAGCUAUACAGAGGAGAUGGGUUGAAAUCAGAGCAGCACCAGAAAUUGAGGCAUUUUAUAACCAUCAAGACUUAUAUACAUCUGAGUUUCUUGGACACGUGGAUGAUCGAACAAUUGAGCUGGCCAGUGAAAUGAACUACGUGGAGCUAAGCAAGAUAUUCUGUGUUCUGGGGACAAUCAAGCGGCGUGCCACUCCAGUCAUAAGAGCUCUGGCAUUCCACAUGGCAAAACAGGUUGAAAAAUUAACUCCAAAACAACUUUGUAACGUUUUGUUUGCAAUGAACACCUUAAAUUUUCCCGAUCCGGUUUUAUUAGAAAAGGUGGCACAGGAUCUUGUUCCUCAGGUUACUGACAUUGAUAAGCCAAAAUUAGUGGGUUCUCUUCUCUUCUGUAUGGGUCAGAUGAGAUGGAGACACACUAGUCUAUUGGAAGUUUUGUCAGAGUGGAUUGAGAAGAACAUGCAGGUAUGCCCCAUGAUCACCUUGACUGCCAUAAUAAAUACUCUAUCUACUGUAUCAUAUAUGCCAUCUAACUCUGACUCUUUGUUUAAUGUUCUUGUUCCCAAACUUAUUCCCUCGGCAUUUGUUAAGAAGACAGCGUGGUUAGAUGUUGUAUGGUCAUUGUGUGUGUUAGAUAGAGCAACAGAGGAACACAUUUCUUCUGUUUUGGAGCCAUCAUUCGUGUCAAAUAUUCCGAGUGCAGAUCAACACUUGCGGAUGGGCAUCAAACUAAAGCUUCUCAACAUUAAUGCUGUGGCAAAGUUAAAGAUGGCCUCUUAUAAUGGCUCCUACCUUGACCUGGCAAAUUUCAAAGAUGUAAUUAUUACCAAGGGAAGAGAUGACCUUAAGCUGUCUAAGCACAUUCAAAUUAUGCUUCACAACUUCCUUCCUCCACCGAGAUAUAUCCGAGAAAACAUUCAAACUACCAUGGGAAUCUGCGUGAAUGCUGAGCUGUUAACCGAUAAAAAGGGAAAGCCUUUACCAAUCCAAGAUUAUAGUAAGAGUUUUGGGGAAUAUGACAAUUGUAAGCCACUACCAGAAGGGGCUGUGAAAUUAGCUUUGUUUGUAUGGGGUUAUAGAGACUACACUAUUGGCUCCCAAGAACUUAUUGGAAUUAAUAAAUUAGCUAUGCAAUUAUUAGAGAAACAAGACUAUAAGGUCGUCAAUAUUCCCUUCUAUGAAUACAACGUGAAGGCGAAGACGCUGAAAAAUGUACAGUAUCUUGAAACUAAAAUCAAAGAGGCUGUUGAAUCAUGAAACUUGAAUUAGUGAAGCCAUUUAUUUUUUCGUGUAUAUAAAAGUUGAUAUGUUGUAAUUAUUCUGGGAAUAAAAUACAAUGAACUUUUUAAUAAAAUUGUGAAAUAAUG